UCUAAAACAGCUCUCCCCAAGAACACAACUACAGAUCUGUUCAGUAGAAGAACGAUUGCUUCUUUUUCAUUCCAAUUUGCUGCCUGUUCCCAGCAAUCAUUUUCAAAACUGAUUUGGAAGGCAGCAGCAGCAGCUAAAGCUCUCACUCUGUGUGAUGAAUAAUUUUUCCUUUUCCAUGCAUGACAAACCAUUUCCUAGCAGGGAGAUAAAUAUGACCAACAAGUCGCAAUUCAUUGGAAGACCUGACAGGAGCGAACAAUUAGCUUAUAUUGAGAUUUCUGUUCUUGGUGUUAUCUUUAUGGUAGCCUCAGUUGGAAACCUCACUCUUAUUUUGGUUUUGUGGAACAAAAGGAAGAAAUUAUCUCGGAUGUAUGUGUUUAUGCUUCAUUUAAGCUUAGCGGACUUAGUUGUGGCAUUUUUUCAAGUUCUUCCCCAAAUGAUUUGGGAUAUUACAGAUGUGUUCUUCGGACCGGAUCAAUUGUGCAGACUCAUUCGGUACUUGCAAUUGGUUGGCAUGUUUGCCUCUACAUACAUGAUCGUUGUUAUGACUUUGGACAGAUUUCAGGCAAUAUGCUACCCCAUGGUUACUUUCCAAAAGAAGAGGGCUCUGUGGAAUGCUCCAAUCUGUGCAAGCUGGUGCAUUUCUCUUCUCUUCAGCGCCCCACAGGUGUUUAUUUUCUCAAAGACAGAAAUAUAUCCAGGUGUUUUUGAAUGUUGGGCAAAAUUCAUCCAGCCAUGGGGGUCAAAGGCAUAUGUAACAUGGAUUUUUGUAGCUAUAUUUUUCAUCCCAAUAAAUAUACUUAUUGUAUGCCAGGUAAAAAUUUGUACAACAAUAAAAACGAGCAUAUAUGUUAAGCAACACAAUGAUCUAGAACUUCAAGAACAGCACCACAUAGCGGCACCCAGAGCAAGCCGCAUGAACUGCAUAUCAAAGCCAAUGAUAAAGACAGUGAAAAUGACAGUGGUUACAGUUGUUGCAUUUGUCUUGUGCUGGACACCUUUCUUCAUUGUUCAUUUGUGGGUAGCUUGGUCAUCAGAGGAUGUUACAGAAGGUGCUGCAUUUUCUAUUAUCAUGCUUCUUGGGAACCUGAACAGCUGUGCCAAUCCAUGGAUCUACAUGUAUUUUAGUGGACACAUUCCUCGUUGCGUAACACAACCUGAAACAAUACCAACCCGAGAGGACUCUCUAAACACAGCCAGUGUUGAUUUGGGAGACAGGGAUUGUGAAGACAGGACCACUUCAGUUUAACAACAACACCAGCAGUUUAUGUCCUUUAUUAUGUAUAUUUUGACAAAUGUGAUGGGUCCUUUGUGAUU